AUGCCCAAGCGCAAGUACACCGCGUUCGACGUCGCGGCGUCCACGGCGGCGAUACGACGCCUCGCCCUCGGGUGCGCGCUCGCGAACGCGCGCGACGUCGACGGCGAAGGCGGCGACGCGGUGAUGAUGACGUUCAAUCGCCCAUCGCGCGACGGCGACGGCGUCGAGUCGCGCGCGCGCGUGCGCGUGGUGAUCGACCCGUCGUCGCGGGCGCACGUGACGUCGUACGCGCGCGCGCGCGAUGGGACCCCGAGCGCGUUCGUGAUGGCGGUGCGACGGGCGGCGCGCGGGAAAAAGUUGCGGGACGCGCGGCAGUUGGGACGCGACCGCGCGAUGGAUUUGACCUUUGGCGCGGGCGACGGCGCGUGUCACGUCAUCGUUGAACUGUUUGGACGAGGGAACGUGAUCGUGACGGAUGCGAAUUAUACCGUCGCGCGGGCGCUUCGGACGCGUCGGGACGACGAUGUGAAGACGCGGGUCGAGGCGAAUCAACCGUAUUCGCUCGCGCGGUUUCACGCGUGGCGACCGUACGGAAAGGCGGAUGUGGUCAGCGCGUUGGCCACCGCGCGCGUGGUCGCGGGUGAUGGCGAGUUGGGGGUGGAGGAUGUGACGGCGGUGGACGCGCGGCGGCCGGCGACGCUGCGCGAGGCGCUGUGUCGAGCGUUCGGGUACUCGCCGCCGAUCGCCGAGCACGUCGCGCGCGCGGCGGGCGUGCUCGACGGAUCGAACGCGGCGUUGCCGUUUGCGGACGACGUGCGCGAGCGGUACGUCGAUGGGCUCACGCGCGCGAUUGAGGACAUCGAGAGCUGGUUCGAGGGGGUCACCACGGGGAAACGCGUCGCCGACGCGCCGAGAGUGUACACGAAGAUGGACGCCAAGGCGGACGGCACGGAUGAGAUCGAGGUCGUGGAUGAUUUCGCUCCGUUUGAGCUCAAGCAAAACGAGGGACGGCGGACGAAGACGUACGAACUGCCGAAAGGUUUGGAUCCCGCGCUCGCGUUCGAUCACUACGUGGACGAGUACUUCAACGAACUCGAUUCGCAAUCCGUCAUUUUACAACGUCGCAAGGCUGAAGCGCAGGCAAUCGCAAGGCUCGAAAAGACGCUGCGGGAUCAAAAGAAUCGAGUCGAACAGCUCGAGCGCGAGCGCGAGCUGGAGGAACAGCGCGCGGUGUUGAUAGAGUAUAAUCACGAAGCCGUGGACGUGGCCAUCGAGGCGGUGAAUUCGGCGCUCGCGAGCGGAAUGUCUUGGGAUGAGUUGGAGGCGAUGAUUAAGGAGGAGCGGCGACUCGGGAACCCGGUGGCGGGAAUGAUCAAAUCCAUGGAUUUAGCGAAUAACGAGAUCACGAUCACGCUGGAGAAUCACCUUGACGAACUCGGCGAGGAUGAGGACGCUUUGGGGAAAAAGAAACGCGUCGCCGUGAGCGUAGACUUAGGAUUGAGCGCGCACGCCAACGCGUCGGUUCGAUUCGCGGCGAAGAAAAAGAACGCGGAUAAGUUUGAAAAGACGCUCAACGCCCAGAACAAGGCUGUCGCUGCCGCGGAGUCGAAGAUGAAAUCCGCGAUGGAGCGCGCGGCGAACGUCGUCGUCGCUACGCGCGCGAGACAGCCGCUCUGGUUUGAAAAGUUUCACUGGUUCAUCACGAGUGAAAACUGUUUGGUGAUUCAGGCAAAGGAUGCGACGCAGGCGGAAAUGAUUUUAUCGCGAUACGCCCUUCCUGGCGACGCUUUCGUGCACGCGGACGUGCCGCAGGCGCCGGUGACCGUCGUCAAGCCGCCGCCGGGAUCGGACGUCAGAGCGGUGCCGGCGUACUCCCUCGUCCAGGCUGGCGCGGCUGUGAUGUGCCGAAGCGGAGCGUGGUCCUCUCGCGCUGUAAAGUCGGCGUGGUGGAUCCCGAUCGAGCGCGUGAGCAAGAUCUCUCCCGUCGCGGGCGAUGCCUUACCCCCGGGAGUCGUGCACGUGGCGCACGCGGAGAAACAAUUUCUUCCGCACACGCAGCUCGUCAUGGGGUUUGGGCUCAUGUUCGUCGUGAGCGAAAAGUGCGAGGAAGCGCACAAGAAUGAUCGUUUGAUUCGAAGCGAUUUCAAUAUUCUUUUAGAUGAGGAAAACGAGGAAGAGGACGAAGAGGAGGAGAAGGAAAUUAGCGGCGGCGACGAUUCAGAGUCUGUCGAAAACGAGGAUAAAGAGGUGGACAAGCUCGCAGCCUUCUUAGACGGUGCCGUGGGAUUCGCGGGAGAGGGUGUGGAAGGAAAGGACAGCGACGACGUUGACGGUGACGAUGACAGAGAGCGGGACGACGGCGGCGACGGCGUCGAUGGCGACGCUGUGCGAUAUCGCGCGCCUCAAAAGGCGCAGCAACCGUCCUCGUCGGGACCUCGCAUGUCCGCCAAGGAGCGAAAGGCACAGAAGAAGAAGAAACAAAAUAGAAGCGGUCGCGAUGAUUCGGACGACGACGACGACGAUUUCGUCGACCCACUCGCGGCGUUAGGGGGUGGGAACAAAAAGGCGGCAAACAAGGAUCGCGCCGACGGAUCGAGCGCCAAUAAGCCUGCGCCGCGCGGCAAGGCGGCGAAACUCAAGAAGAUCAAGGCAAAGUACGCAGACCAAGACGAAGAAGACCGUGAAUUGGCGAUGAAACUCCUCGGCGCCGAAGGUAGGAAAAAGUCUGCCGGAAUGACGAAGAAAGCCGCGCGAAUGAAGGAAAAGGCGGCGAACGAUUUCGAGGAGCGAAAGCUCACAAAGCCUCAGGUCCCGAGCGCCCCGGAGCCGGCGCCGCCAAAGUGGAAGAGAAAUGAGAGCGCCGCCGAUAUGAGCGCCGACGUCGACGUAGGCGAGGCCCAGCCCAAGGUCGAGAUGCCGCUCGAGGAGCGAUUGAAGAUUGAGUCGGAGCGACUCUCGAUUAUCAAUCGAAUCGUCGCCUUCCCGCUCCGCCACGACGAGAUCGAGUACUGUCUCCCGGUGUGCGCCCCGAUCGCCGCCACGAACGGUCUGAAAUACCGCAUGAAGGUCACCCCGGGCGCGCAAAAGAAGGGCAAGGCGGCGAAACUCGCGAUGGACAUCCUUCUCCGCGCCCCGUUCGCCACCAAGGAUGAACUCGCCGCCGCGCGUCUGGUAAACGACGCCGACACCGCCGUGUCUGCCUCCCUCCGGCUGCAAGAUCUCCAUGCCACCCGGUGCGGCGAAGAUUCUAUCUCAAAAUCGUGCCGUCGGCAAGGCCAAGGGCAAGAAGUCCAAGCGAUGACGCCGACGCGUCGUGUAACGAUUCGCGACGAUUCGCCUCGCGGCACUGCGCGCCUCCGAUCCCACACGCGUCCCCCGAUGUCGCUCGCGUCGUCGUCCGCGCUCCGCCCAACCACCUCGGCGCCGUCGCGCGCGUCGACGCGCGAACGCGUCGUCGAUCGCGCGCGCUCGACGUCGAUUCGUCGUCGUCUCGCCGUCUUAUCCACGACGAAUGAAAUCUCAACGCGCGCGCGACGGACGUCCGCGCCGCGCGCGCGCGCGCGCGCGUCGGCACUCGCGGACCCGCACGGGUUGAGCCCCGAUCGCGCCGCGGUCGUCGGGGCGGAUCCGGAGGCGUACUCGUGGACGAAACAGUGGUACCCGGUGGCGGUGUGCGACGUGCUGGACGAAACGAAACCGCACGCGACGCAAUUACUCGGGGUGGACUUGGUGGUGUGGAAGAAUGGUACGGGAACGUGGAGUGUGUUCGAAGAUAAGUGUCCGCACAGGAUGGCGCCGCUGACGGAGGGGCGAGUGGAGAGCGAUGGGACGUUGUUGUGCGCGUAUCACGCGUGGCGGUUCGACGGCGACGGGAACUGCACGGCGAUGCCGCAGGCGUCGAGCGCGGAGGAAGAGGCGAGAGUGAAAGCGAACGAGAAGUCGUGCGCGUUCAAGCGGCCGAGUAUGGUGGCGCAAGGGUUGGUUUGGGCGUGGGGUGAGAGCGGGCCGGAGGCGGAGAUGGAGAGCGCGAUGACGCCGCCGCUGCUCGUGCCAGAGAUUGACGGCAUCGGUAAGAGCGGGCGCGCGGCGUGCGGUGGAUUCAGAAACCACUGGCAGGUGCGGGAUUUGCCGUACGGGUGGAACGCAUUCUUCGAGAACGCGAUCGAUCCCGCGCACGCGGUCGUGAGCCAUCACACGCUCGUCGGGUCGCGAUACGACGAUCCUGCGGGUUUCCAGUGCGUCGUCGAGCGUCCUGUCACCUCGGCCGGUGGGUUCCGUUGCGCCAUCGAUCCCGCGGUACCGCCGUUCAACACGAUCGGGAAGUACGACGCCGAGACGUCGUACGAUUUCCAACCGCCCGCUUUACUCAAGAUUGACUGGCGACACGAGGGCGGCCGAUUCCUCACCUCGCACUACUGCACGCCGACGCGACCGGGCUGGUGCCGGCACUUUGUCGUGACGAUCGCGCAGAGACGUCACGAAAAAGGUGACGCGAUUCGUCAGCACCGCUGGUUCAAGUUGAACCUGUUCACGCUCACCUCCCCAGCCUGGCUCACGCACGUGUUGGGGCCGACGUUUUUACACCAAGACAUGGUUUUGUUGCACCAGCAAGAGAAGAUAAUCGCGCAAGGGGAGGGGCAAAAGUUGGCAGAAAAAUGGAAGGAGCAGGUCUUCACGCCCACGACGGCGGAUAAGAUGACCAUCUUCUUCUACAAGUGGUUUGAGCGUAACGGGCCGAUUCCUUGGGUCGGCGACGCGUCGAUGCCGCCCAUCGAACGCGACUCGAGCAAGCUCUUUGACACGUACGAGAUGCACACCAAGUACUGCACGCACUGCCAAGGCGCGCUGCGGAACACCGAGAUCGCGAUGUACGGUACGGGCGCGGUGGCGGUCGGAAAAUUGUUCUGGGUAUUCGCGUCCGUCGUCUACGCGAGCGCGGCGCUCGGGGCGGCGACGAACGGCGGCGCGGGAUUGAACGCGCUCGAGUUGGUAAAAUCCCUCGACGGGAGCGUGUACUCUGAUUUGUUUUCAUCAUUUAGUCUCGGCGCGACCGCAUUCUUCUUGUGGGGAUUCGCGCAAAUGUUCCGAACGUACCCGUUUUCGCACUCCGAGGACGACAUCGUCAUGGAGGGAACGGCGAAGAUUGGUCUGUCGAACGACGGUCCGAGCGCGUACAUCGACUUUGUGGAUCGAACGCUCUUCGACAGGAGCAAAGAUUCGAGCCAAGGGCACAACCGCGGGUGCGAGUGCUCGACGUGCUCGCCGCACUUUAAGGAUUUGAUUAAAUCCACGAUGCUCGCCAGGGCGAAAAACGGCGAGGCGGAGACGGAGACGGAGACCAAGACGGAGGAAGUUCCGGUUAUUUCGCGGUAA